AUGGAAUGCAAGGAGCUGCUCGAGCUGCGCAUGAUACAAUUGGAAGAGAAGGCACGUUUCCUGGAAUUUCAGACUUCGUUGGUGUCGCAGCUGAGGUCAGAGCGAGAUGCGCUCAAAUCGCUAAAGAAGGCGGAGCAUCAGCGAUUGCUGAUCGAACAGACCGCAAAGAAUGAGCGGGCAGCAGAAGACCUCGAGGCCCGCCAGUUGGAGGAAGAAAUGAAAAUGGAAGCAGAGUACGACUUGGAGAAGAGAGCUGUCAUGUUGCGCUUACGCCAUAUGGAAGCUUAUUGUCAGAAUCCCACUCCGCCUGCGACCCCAGUCGACCUCCUUGGAGGACGCUCCUCGACCGACUCGGUUCUUCCCGAGCGCAAGGUUACCGAGAGAGACUAUCACAACCUGGCACAGCAGUACCGUGAACGGGACAUCAUGGACACGCUCCACAGUUCGAAGAUCAAUGUCUUGCGAGGCAAGCAGAAAAAGGCUGUCGAGAGGUUUCUAGAGAAGAAGGAAAAGGAGCUGGAAUUAAUGGAGAGGGAGCAGAAGAAAGAGCUCGCUCUGAUCGAUCGAGAUUUCACCGGCCAAGAGACCGAUCUUCAACUGGCACUUGACACCAAGAGAGCGAGGCUCGAGUCGCGAUGGAGGACCCAAGCCUUGGUCGCGCGUACGAAGGCGGAGACCGCAACGGGCCUGAAGCAUGCACCGUUGGCCGAUGUUGUUGCCAUCGAUGACGCCGAGGCUUCUUCCAGAAGAGUCUGA